CCGAGGUCGCAGCAUGCUCGCCUGGAUACCCUGGCAGUACGCGUGGCGCGUCGCCUGGUACGCGACGGCCAUGACGACGACGCUCCUCGCGCUCCUCAUCACAGUCGGCGAUGUCGUGCUCACGUGGGCGGCGCGGCGCUAUGGCGUCCUGUACGUCGACAAGCGCAUUCGCAUCUCGUGGUCGAUGCUACAUGGGACGCUCACGAUCGAGCACGUUGCGCUCGCAUCGGCGCUGCGCCCGAUGGUCGGCCCGAUGCUGGGCCUGCCGGCCGACGCGCUCGUGACCCGCAUCCGCCGCCUCGAGCUCUGCUUUCCGUGGCUCUCGAUGCUCGUGUGCCUCGUGCGCCAGCGCGAUUCGCGCCUGCCAUUGCGCGUCGGGCUCUUCCUCGACGGCCUGCACAUCGAGCUGCUCAUGGACAGCGCGCGCAAGUGGCGAUGGAAGCAACCCGAGAACAAGGCCCGCUUUGACGCCGACGUGGAAGUCGCCAAGAGCAACCGGCUCGCGCUCCUCGAAUGGUGGACGUCGACGAUCCUCGCCAAGCUCGCGCACUUCCAAAAACCGGUAUCGACGGCCUCCAACGAGUACACGCUUCUCGCAGGUGUCUGGGGCGAGUCUCUCGACACGACGUUGCAGCGCCUGUCCUGGCCGUUGGCGGCCAUCGACGCGGUCCUCGGCAGCGUUGCGCUUGGCGUGACCAACGUCUGUCUCGUCGCGCGCCCACCGCCGUGUGCAUAUGCGCACAACACCACUCUCACGCUGCAGCUCGAGGGUCUCACGCUCUCGGCCACGCACGAUGGCGAUCGUCCGAGCAUGGACGCGCGGCAGUUGGAGCUCACGGGCUUGAGCCUCCGCACGGCCGCCGACGCGACCGACGAGGCCGCCGCGAUCGAGCAUCCGAUGCUGGCGCCGUUGGCGCUCGUAUUGCGCCUCCAGAUGCCUCCGAUGCUCCAGGGACUCCACCACGCCCCCAAGGACGUGCUCGUUGCCGUCGACCUCUCGCCGAUGCGCCUCGAUGUGGUGCCCGACCAGAUCCAGACGCUGCUCGAUGUGCUCCGGCCGCGCACCGAGUACGGCAUCUGGCUCGCCCAAGCGGCGGCGCACGAUGAAGCGGCGUGCAAUGUGAUGACCGAGGCCAUGCGCGACGCGUACAUUGCCGACUACCGCGCCAAGCAUACGCCCGAGACCCGGCCGUGGUACGUCCGCCUACAGCAUCGAUCGCGUGACGCGGCAGCGGCGACCGCGCGGGCCCGCCGGCUCGCCGAGACGGAAGCCAACACGCUGGCCACAGACAUCCUUGUGCUGCGGCAGCUGGCGCUCGGGUGGUCGGUUCCGUCGUUUGGCGACGCGUUGCCGCGGAUCCCCGACGAGCUCAAGGCGGCGACGGACUUGACCAAGUUUAUCGAGACGCCGCUCGAGCACUACAACCCGGCCCUUGCCGUGCCGUCGGUGCUAGCCGCGCUGCAGCUCUCGCUGACGUGGCCACGCCUGGUGGUGAGCGUGUGGGCGUCGCCGUCGUCGCCGCUUUUGCGCGUGAGCUUGGACCAGCUGCAUCUCUCGCUGCGGCAGUCGAUGCAACCGAUCGCCGUCGACCGCCGCCAGCUCGAGCUGGACCUUGUGCUGGCGUCCUUUGGCGUCGACGACACGCGGCAGUCGCCCACGAAUGCAUACCCGCACCUGCUGGGGCGCAACCCCGACUGUGAGAACAUGCUCUCGCUGCAGUACACGGUCGACGGCACGGCGGCCACGGUCGGGCUCACGCUCGCGAGCUUCUCGGUGCUCGUGAUCCUCCUCCCGUUCUUUGACGCGCAGAGCGCCUUUGCCGAUGCGCUUGCAGACGACGAAGAGACGCUCGUGUGGCGCGACGCCGACGACAUUGUGGCGACGCCAACCGCGCUUGUGGUGUACGAGGUCGAUGCGCCCAAGACGGUCGACCCGUCGCUGUUCGGGCGCACGGAGCUCACGGCCGCCAUCAAUGUCAAGGGCGUCGAGGUGUGUCUCCUCGGCGACCCGUCGACGCACCUCUCGCACCAGCUCGCGUUCACGUCCGAUGUCGCUGUCGCCGUGAAAAGCACCAAGUACGCCGAGUCGAUCCAGCUGACCAUGAUUGACGUCGCGCUCCAGCCGUGCAAGAUUGUGCUGACGGACGACGGCCUCGACGUGACGCUCCCCGGUCUCCGCACGCUUCUCGAACUCGAAGGCGACGGCGUCGACUUGGAGUUGAACUACGAGCUCCAGUUUGCCCACAGUGAGCCGUCGACACGCCGCCUGGCACCGACGCACAGCAGCUCGACGCGCGCCAAAGGCAAGUGGGGCCUCCUCCAGUCGGCCGUCAAGGACGCCAAGAUCACGGACGACCCCUCGCUCAUGGGCAAGACGCUCGUGCUGCCGUCGGCCACUGGGCCGCGCGUCGACGCCACGCGCUUGCUCGCGAUGAAGGUGUCGGACUUUGCUCUCAACGUAUCAAAAGACGACAUUGGGCUCUUUGCAGCGAUCCAAGCGCGUGUCGGCGCGGCCCGGAUCGCCAGCGACGCCGACGUGGCGGCCACGGCGGCCCGCGAUGCGCGUAUUCAGAGCCAGCGGGCCGCGCGUCUCGAAGCUGCCAAGAUGGCCCGGCUCCAACGCCAGUUUAUGCUGCUCGACAAGGACGGCGGCGGCACGUUGGACCACGACGAGAUUUUCGGGCUCCUCGAAGCGCUGGUCAAGGACCUUGGCCUGACGUUGGAUGAGAUGAAGGCGUGCGAGACGGCGCUGCUCAACAUGGUGGACGCCGACCGCAGUGGCGACAUUUCGUUUGAAGAAUUUCAAGCCGCUGUGGACCGCGACACGAUCCACUAUAGCAUGCUGCACCAAGGGUCGCUGCCGUUGACGGGCGCCGAGUACAUCCACCCGAAGCUCAACCGCAGCCACGUGCCGUCGAUCAACCCGAGUACCGGCAAAGCGACGCAUUUGGCCGAGAAUGCGCGCUUGAUGGUGUUUUGGACCAAGUACGUCGAGCAAACCGGCGCGACGACAAGCUCGCUGAACGGGCAGUCGCCGCGCGUUGUCCAGCUCAAGAUGGUGCGGACGUUCAAGUCGUACGAGUUUGCCCAAGAAGCAUGGACGCGGCUCGUCAACCCAGGUCUGGCCAAGCCGUCGGAGCAGAGUCCGUGGCUGCUGUUGCCGUCGCAUGUCAUGGGCGAGGGCGCGGCGGCCUUUGAAGGGCUCUUCAACCAGCAUGCGAGCUCGGUCGCCACGUCCAUCGCGCAGCUCGAAGCCGCCGAAGCAACGACGACAAAGACAAGCUUUGAGCAGACGCCCGUGUUUGUGUUGACGUCGGUCGCAACGUCGUUUGGCGGCUUUUACUUUCGGGUCGUCGACAGUCUGUUGCCGGCGCACGUCCCGGCGCUCGAGCUCGCAUUUGAGGAGGUCAAGAUCCACGGCGACUGCCGUAUGUACGAAGGUAACGCCGAUGCUGCCAAGCGCGCGCUCAACGUCGGCACGGGCAGCCUCUGCGGGUCGAUCUACUGCAAGUACUACAACACGAGAGCGCGUCAGCUCGAGCCGUUCAUCGAGUACUACCCGCUCCGCGCGGUGCUCAAGAAGGAAGUGGGCGGCGACUUGGCGUGCUACGUGGUCUCGGACCAGUACCUCCACAUCAACUUGACGUCGGCGUUUAUGGACGCGGUCAACGCGACGACAGCGGCGUUCUACGAGUCGGACGUGGUCGGGUCGAAAGAGCGCGAGCACGUCAAGGUGCUUGGCGGUCUCUGCUGGAUGCAUAACCAGCUGGGGUCGUCGCUGACGUACGUGAUUGAUCUCUCGGGCGAGUCGCGUCAGGAGCUGUCGGACCCGAUGGAGCUGCACCAUGACGAGUACCGUGUGUGCAAGCUUAAGGAAGAGGAGACCGCGAUGAAGGGCGAGCUCCAGGACAACAUGAAGGAGAAGGAGAUGCGCAAAGCCUUCCGGGACGCCGACGCCGACCAGAGCGGCGAGCUCGAAGCGCAGGAAGUCCGAAGUGUGCUCCAAAGCGUCCUCAAGUCGUACGCGUCGCUCUCGGACGCCGACCUCGAAGACCAAGUCGCAGCGUUCAUGGCGCUCGCCGAUACCGACAACUCGGGGCAAGUGAGCUGGAAGGAGUUUCAGGUCGCUUUGGCCAAGACGCGCGUCAUGACGCAGCGCACACUGCGGCUUGAGGUGCCCGGAUACGAGCCGAUCUAUGGGAUUCCGCUGGACGUGCUCGGCCAAGACUUGAUCCUGGACCUCGUGCCAAUGAUUCUGGACGCGCCCUUCGACGACGACGAGGCCAAGUACGAGGCUGCGGUCACGUACCUCAACCAAGACGACCCGUCGCAGGACGACAUUACGCGUGCGAUCUAUUUGCUCAAGCAGCUGCCCCCGACGUUCAAGUGGACAGCCUCGUAUCUCUCGACGUAUGGCGCGUCGUACCUGCCGCGGCUGCUCGCCGUGCACAUUAGCGUUGACUCGACGUACGGCAUGACGGUGAGCGUGUCGACGGCCGAGUGCAUUCGCAACGCGACGUCCAAGCUCACGCAGAUUGUCUUGUUCAACGAUGACGGCGACGUGUCGUGGCACAAUCCCGCGCAAGCCAACGACGAGCGCUUUUAUGAGGUCCAAGGGCAGUCGCUCCUCCGCAUUCCGCUGCCGCUGCUCGAGCACGGGUCGUUUGCGAUCCGCCAGGUCGGUGAAGUCGAGUGGAGCAAUGCGCUGCCGCUGUCGGUGACGCCCGGUCGGUCCUCUGCGUCCCCCGUGUCCAACUACUUGGACAUUGACGGACAGCCCACGACGAUCGAGUGCAGCAAGGGCACGUGGGCCAUCCACCUCUUGCCGCAGCUCGUGGUGCAAAACACUCUGCCGUGCGACGUCGAGUACCAGAUCGUACAAGCCGCAGACGUGCCCGGCCUCGAGCUGCCGCCGUCGCUGCGUCUGACGCUGCCGCCGUCGGGGCGCCGGCUCUCGCUCGCCUCGAACGCGUCGAUUGGGUCGCUAGCGUCGAUGCAGUCGUCGCGCUCGAUGACGGCGCCAAAGUCGUCGACGAAGAAGCCCAAGAAGUUCAAAGACCCGGAGUCGGCAGUCCUUGUACCCUGGUUUGCUUGUGUGAACGACGUCAACGCUCGCUGCGGACGUAUCGAGAGCGGCCGAUCGAUGCAGAUCUCGGGGCUCAACCUCGACGAGUCGGCGUACAUGCGGGUGCGCUUGGCGGUGCCUGGCGACGCGCCGGCGUCCCGUCACUGGUCGGCGCCAUUCCCGGUGCGCGUGCAGCUGCCAAAGAAGGCGUACGCUUCGUCGGCCGACAUUUGCGUGGCGCCCGGCGAGGACGCGCCGACGGUGCGUGUCGCGCACUCGUGGGACAGUGUCCGGACAGUCGAUCUUUUUGCGCCGUACUGGGUCCAGAACCACUCGGGGCUCGAGCUCAAGCUCAAGGUGCACCACGGCAGCUUUUGCUCGACAGACGGCCACAUGGCGUACUUUGGCGACCACUUUGACCAAGUGCCACUGCUGCUGUGUGCGCCAGAGAAGGCGAGCUUGUCGCUGCAGCCGUUCGCCGAGACGCCGCCAAAGCACGACCACCAGUCGGGCCUUGCGACCCACGUACGCAAGUACCUUCCGGAUUUCAAGCGCGUACCGUUCUCCGAGUCGAUCGACUUGGCCGCCGUCGGCACGCGGGCGCAGGUGUCGUGCGGCCUCACGGCGUGCGUCCUUGGCUACGAAAUCCUCGCGGCGCCAGGGCAGUUCCAGCACACGAAGAUUCUCCGGCUCGUACCGCGCUUCGUCAUCAAGAACGACGUCGGGCGGCCAUUGCAGCUGACGCCGCUCACGCUGCAUAAGGGCGCGCCGUCGCAGCUGCCGGUGGAAACGGCCAAGAUCAACGUCGGCCUCAAGCCCGAGAGCGCGCUCAUCGUGUACAAGUUUGUCGGCAAGGACAGUCAUGUACCCGGCGUGCGUCUCCGCGACGCUCUACUGGCCCCGCCGACGCUGACGGAACCCGGGCCGUGGGGACCGUCGCUGCCGCUAGCCGAGAAAUCGGUCGCGAGCAUGUGGCUCCGGGGUCCGCUGAGCGACGCGCCGAUCGUCGAGCUCGACGUGCAGCCCGACGGCCUCUCGACCUUUGUGACGCUGCGCGACCGGACACGGACUCCGGAGCUUCGCAUCGAGAACCGGUCGACGCAGUAUGCGAUCCGGUACGCGCAGCUCGGGGUCAAGCACGCGGAAGAGAUUGUGCUGCCGCCGCGGUCGUGGCACUCGUACGCGUGGGACAUGCCGAUUGGCAAGGACGUUAGGCUCAAGGUGUUUGUCGGCUCGUCGCGCGUCCCGGUGCUCGUGGAAAUGCAGUCGGUGCACCGACUCGAGCGCCUGACGCCGGACGACGGCCACAUCUAUCUGCACGGCGAGGUGUACAUUGACGGUACGACGCGCGUCUUGGCGGUCGGCGACGGACCUGUCUACCACCACGACCGGCGCACGCUCGUGCCCGACGCUAUGUUUGCGAUGGCGCUCGAAGUCGGCUUGCACGGCCUCGGCGUGACGAUCGUCGACCAGACGCCGCGCGAGAUCAUGAACAUAACGAUGGAAGGCCUGCGCAUGCUGUCGCCGGCGCACUCGCACAGCACAACGUACGAGCUGCAUCAUUUGCAGCUGGACGACAUGACGCCGCAUACCAUGUACCCGAUCUUUUUGGCGCCAAUCGAUUCGGGGUUCAACAGCCACAAGCGCGAAGGCUGGCGCGCCGAGCAUGGCGAGCAUCCGUGGCUGCAUCUCGUCAUUGACUCGUACUAUGACGGCGACAUGCUCAUCGUCGACGAACUCUCGGCCUGUAUUGGCUCGCUGGCGCUCAAGAUCAACUUGGACUAUGCGCUGCACGUGCUCGACAUCUUUUACAGUCUCUUUUGGCCGCCGCAGACUUACGACGAGGUCGUCGCGGCCGGGAUCGCGGCCGCGGCCGAGCUCUUGGCGCACCGCGUGGCGUGGCCGGACCCGUCGACGCUCGGCCAAAACAUGUAUGUGCGCGCGUGCACCGUGUCGUCGUACGUCUUGCAACUCGUUUUCAACUCGGACCCGGACGCGGCCGACUCGUACUUGCUCUCGCUGCUUGGCAAUACGGCCGGAAGCAUCCUCGGCGGCAUUGCGCACGUCACACCGGAGUUUGCGAUCCAUCCGCUCAUCAUGGCCGACAAGUUUGUGUACAAGGACGAUUUGAUGUACAAUAUCAUCCUCUGGGACUGCCUCGUCGGCAACAUGCUCGGCCAGUGGUACAAGGUGGUCGGCAGUCUCGAGCUCAUGGGCGACCCGGUCGGGCUCUUCAACGAGAUUACGGACGGCAUUGCGCUCGCCGCGCGCCAAACGAAGCGCGACUUCAAGGGCGAGUCGGACAAGAAGGGCCAAGGCGCGGUCAUCCUCAUGCAGACGCUUGUCGGCGCGCCGUCGGAUGCGAUCGGGAAGGCAGCGAAUGGCUUUGGCGACAUUUUGAAAAAGGCCACGUACUCGAAGAACCAAGAGGCCGACCACGAGCCACGCCACGUACCCGAAGGCUUGCUGCAAGGCGGUGUGCUGCUCGGCAAAUCGCUCGCAAACGGCGUGUCGGGCCUCGUGACCAAGCCCAUGCAAGGUGCCAAGGACGACGGGUUCAAGGGGUUUGCCAAGGGCGUCGGCCAAGGCACGUUGGGGCUUGUCGCGUCGCCGUUCAUUGGCACGCUCGGCGUCAUCGAGAAGCUCUCGCAGAGCGUCCACAACACGACGCACCUCAUGGACGACAAGGACUUUGAUGGCACGCGGCGCAUUGCCCGCAAGCUCGAGUCGGCGCCGCUCAAGUCGCUCUCGGAGUCCAACAUCAUUUCCGAGAUGGAAGUGCGCAUCGAUCGCGUCACGGGGCUUGCGAUGAACUACAGCGUCCAAGUCUAUGUACAGCUGGUCGAGCUCGAUGGCGACGGCGUCCCAAGCCGCCUCGUCGACAAGUUUAAGACGGACACGCUGCGCAACACGGCGGCGCCGCGCUUCGACCAGUCGCGCGUGGUCGACGUGACGUCGGUGGACAUGGCGCUCCUCUUUGUCGUCGCCCACAAGCGCAAGCCGAUCCCAAAGAAGAUUCUCGGCACGCUGACGCUGUCAAUUGAAGACGUGUACAAGCACUUUCAUGCGAUGCCGUCCCGCUUCAAGUCGAGUGCGCUCGUCAAGGAGAAACUCAAGUCGCGCAAGGUCCACGGCGGCAGUCUCUUUACGGCCGUCGUCGUUGGCAACGACGACGCCGACGCCAAGUCUUCGAAGAAGAAGAAGAAGAAGAAGGUACCGACGUCGACGUCGACGACUGCACCCGUCUCUUCCGAGCCGGCGUGGGAAGCGACGUUCAACCGGGCAAGCACAUUGGGCAGUGAGAUGCUGCUUGCGGACGCCAAGGACGACCGCGGCAGCACCGAGUCGGAGACCAAGAGCGCGGCACCGAUCACGGAGCCGCUGGCGUUCGACUUGGUUGCCGACGAGGGCAAGCCCAAGAUUUGGCUCGACAUCAAGUACCUCAACUCGAUGCGGACCUAGUAGGAGACGCUUUGGUGGCGCGCGGGAUUGCACUUCGCGUUGCAAGGCAAGUAAUAGAACAUUGUGAUAUAUAGAAACGACCUUAGUUGAGGAAA